AUGCGCACCACCACGCUCACACGCGCCGCGAGAAUGCGAAUAACAACGACGGUGAAAAGAAUGCGUCACGUCGUCGCAUUCUCUGGAAUGAAUGCGUCGUUUUGCGAUAAGAAGUACCGUCGUCAUCAUCGUCCAACUCGUCGUCGUUCCAUCGGUGCGGUGGCGGACCAAAACCACGAGGGGGUGAACAACGCGCGCAAAAAAGGCGCCGUCCUCUUCCUCUCGUUCGUCCCUUUGUCACCAGAAACCUCCGCGGCGGGCGUUCGCACGCGCGAUUUGAUGGAAGGUUUCUUAAAAGCUGGAUUUUCGGACGUGCACUACGCGUGCGCUUCAAAAAUGGACGAGCAAGAAAACAGGGAGGUGAACAAACAGUUGGUGGAAAGAGGGGUAAAAUUUUACGCGAACGCGAUACCGAAUCGCGAGGAUGCGUUUAAAACUGUUUUAGAGGAGUGCGGGAAAAGGAAUCCAAUCGACGUGGUCGUUUUCGAUCGAUUUUUAGCGGAAGAAGCGUAUUCGUUUCGGGUGCGAGAGAUGUGCGCGGACGCUUUGCGAGUGUUGGAUAUGCAGGAUUGCCACGCUCUGAGGCGAGAGAGGGCGAGGAUCGUCGGUUUGGAGAGUAGUGGUGGUAGUGGUGAUACUAGUAAUGUGAUUGAAAGAUCGAUAAACGCGAAACCAGAAGCGACGGAUGACGAUUUUGCGAGAGAGAUUAGCUCUAUUUUCCGCUCGGAUUUGACGUUGGUCUGUUCGUCCGCUGAGCUGGAGCUGUUGCACGCGGCGUGCGGCGUACCGAAGGAGAAGUUGUGUUUGGCGCCGUUUUUCGAAACGAUCGAUACGAAGAGUAUCAUCACGCCGUUCGCAGAUAGAAAAGAUGUAUUCGUUUCGAUUGGAACGUUUAAUCACGCGCCAAACGUCGAUGGGUUGAGAUACUUAAAGAAAGAAAUUUGGCCUCUGAUUCGAGGAAAACUGCCAAACGCGGAAUUUCACGCUUUCGGCGCCACGUGUUUACCCAAACACGUCGAUGAAUUAAACGACGCGAAGAACGGCUUCUUUGUCAAAGGUUUUUGCAAAGAUAUUGGCGAAACGUUAUCAACGGCGAAAGUGUUACUUGCGCCGUUGCGAUUCGGGGCAGGGAUUAAGGGGAAAAUUAUCGAGGCGUUCAAAUACGGCACGCCGGUUAUCACGACACCGAUUGGUGGCGAAGGUAUCGGGGUUCCAGGUAUUUUUGAGAAUGGAUGCGAUAACAUGGAUGCCAUCAAAGCCAACUGGGGCGGUACGUUUGAUUGCGUGACUCCGGCGGCGUUUGCGACUGCAGCCGUGGACUCGUUUACGAACGAAUCGCUUUGGACGAAACAGUCCAAACGCGGCGUCGAGCUACGAAACGAACUCUUCAAUAAAGAGAAAACGAUUCCUCCAAUACUCGAAGCAAUUUCCAAUAAGUGCGAAAACUUACGGACGAUUCGAAACGAAGAUUUUAUCGGCGCGUCGUUUUGGCACCAGUCGAAUCGCUCGACGGAUUUCUUCUCGAGAUGGAUCGAAUUGAAAGAGACUCUGGGCAAAAAAGUCGCGUAA